UCAAACCGGAUGAUGACAUGAUUUUGUUUUCUUUUCUUAUAUCAACUUUAUAAGUGCAACAUUAUACAAAGGAAUAUAUUCAAACGAAAAUGACAAUACAUAAUAAUGCACAUAAACUUGAUCAUGAUCGCAACUUCGGGAUUAUUUUUCACCAUUUUCAUGAAACAAAAUCAGCGUUCUUAUUCCGCUCAAUGUUGAUAUAGUUCACUCAUGGAUUGGGGAGCCAGGUCCACUUUGUGAAUUUGCGUUGUAGUAGUCUAUUUUGGGCAGUCUUACUUCGUAUGUGUGAUUCUCAAUUGUAGAAUGUCCGACAUUUCAUAAGGAAGCUAUAUUGAUCGUUUGGAGCUAAUUCUUAUUGAGUUCUUAUCUUUGUAAACAAGAAGAAAAAUAAGGAUCGUAGGCUCAAACGAUGAAUUCUAGAAUACUGUUUUAAAGAGAGUUCGAUCGAUCCACUGAUCCUCGAUCGAUCAAUGCCGCAAACCCAUGAUCAAGAUCAUGAUAGGAUUUUAGCCAUGAAAUAAGAUACCCGUCCUCAUUUCUUGAAGUGUACUUACUUGCUCUGGACAUUGAAGUAACCAGUAUAACGAUAAGCUGUGUUCUGAACUACUGAAACUGUCGUGGAACAAAUCAAACAUUUUGUGUUUUAGAACGGGUGCACAAUUGAGGGACUAGACUAGACUAGACACACGCUAUAAUUUGACUUAUAAUGCAUACUUAAGCUAUACUAUUAUGGGUGGGUCGACCCGAACCUAUCAAGUACAAGUACAAGUAGGUUCAGUAGGGGUAACAACUCCGGUAAGUGCAAGAAAGCAUACGCGACUCCGACCCGAUGGUGCAGCGAGUUCGCGUCAGUAGGUUCAAUACCUAGGUAGGUUGAGGCAAGGUAGGUUCAAUACCUGGCUUGCAUCCGACUCCCGGCCAGAUCGUGAAAUGAAUCCUAUGACCCAACACUAUUAUCUACAGCAGCAACAGUCGAGAUUGGCACUAAAUGAGAUGGUGUGAAGGUGUCUGGAAUUAAGACUAAGACAAAAUAACUACCAUGCUUCACUCUUCGAUCACAUUUUCACUCUUUUUUGGUGUCCGAAAGUGGAAUGCAAUAGAUGAGGAAACUAAUAAAACUGUGUCGCGAUUUUUUUACUCAAUUUAGAACGGCUUCUUUACUGUCCCGUUCUAGUGUACCGAGUUAUCGUAAUCGUUUUUCACAUUGCAUUGCAUCAUCGCUAUCAGCUCAUUUUCUUACAGAUCCUUCUUUCCUUCUUCUACUUCUGACCUACUCUUUUCAAGACAAACAAACAUCCCGUUUGUUGGCCGGCGUAUAACCACGAUAAACGAGGUUUUGUUAUUCUAGUCCACACUUGCGGUGUGUGCAGUUAUCGUUGCAAUGGGUUGCAAAAGUUUACCGACCCGGGAUGAGGGGAAAGAAUUUAGCAUAAAAGCAUGCGGCUGUGUUGUUCUGCUUAGCAGUCUACAGUGCGCAACUGCAGACGUUACAGUUGAUCGUGUGAAUUUAGUGUUCGCGGUUGUGUGCUCUCUCCCUACCGUUUUUCAGCAUGACGGAUAUUAAUACACGCUUUCGUGGGCUGCUGCAGCGCCCGUACGAGCCGACCUUCGUGCCGAAAAACAAUGGCCAGCUGUACUUCGAUGUACCGGACACUUACCUAACCGAUCACUAUCGCCCGUUCGGCGCAGCGCUGCAGAAUCGGUUCGGCACGAACGCUCAAACGCGCAUUCCACUGCCAAACAUUACGGCACCGGAUCUGGCGUACGCGGAUGCCGUUAGCCGUCGGGGUGGAUUUUCGAUUUUCCAUCCAUCGCAUCAGCGCGUGGCCAGUCAACUGAUCGAGCUGUUUCUCGAACAAUCGAACCCGGACGCACUGACGGCAAUGGCUGUGUUUGUGCGGGAUCGUGUCAAUGGUCCGCUGUUCCAGUACGCGCUCUCGGUCGCGCUGAUGCAUCGUACCGAUACGCGCGAUGUCGAGAUUCCGAGCUUUUUGGAGCUGUUCCCCGAUCGGUACGUUGAUCCGGCUGUGUUUCCGCAGCUGCGCGAAGAGGGCACACUUGUGGACCAGGGUGAUCGCCGUGCAAUCGAAAUCCCGAUGAACUUUACCGCCUCGGACAGGGUGGACGAGCAGCGGUUGGCCUACUGGCGGGAGGACAUCGGUGUGAACCUGCACCACUGGCACUGGCAUUUGGUGUAUCCGGCCCGCGGGCCGGAUCGUAUCGUGCGCAAGGAUCGCCGGGGUGAGCUGUUCUACUACAUGCACCAGCAAACGAUGGCUCGCUACAACAUUGAGCGGUUUGCAAACGGAAUGCCGCGGGUGGUUGCGUUCCGAAAUUUCCGCGAAGCCAUCCCCGAGGCGUACUUUCCCAAGAUAACGCGCAGCUCCGAUGGACGUUCGUAUCCAGCUCGGCAUCCCAACGAAACGUUGAGUGAUCUUAAACGAGUUGAGGAUGGUGUAAUAGUAUCGAUCGCUGAUAUGGAGCUAUGGACGACUAGGAUUUUUGAAGCAAUUGAUAACGGCUUCGCUCAAUCGUCGAGCAAUCAGCGUGUUCCAUUGGACAAUGACAGCGGGAUCGAUUUGCUGGGGAACAUUGUGGAAGCGAGCACCCUGUCGGUGAAUCCGCAGUACUACGGAGAUCUUCACAACAACGGGCACAACAUCCUUGGCUACAUACACGAUCCGGACAACUCGUUCCUGGAGGGUUUCGGAGUGGUCGGAGACAACACGACGGCCAUGCGCGAUCCGGUGUUUUAUCGUUGGCAUCAGCACAUCGAUGACAUUUUCGUCCGUCACAAGCAACGGCUUCCGGCGUACACGGGACAGGAGCUAGCAUUUAACGAUGUGGCGGUGGAUAGCUUCGAAAUUCAACUGAACAAAGCGAACGCACCCGUCAACAUUCUGCUAACGUUCUGGCAAAGAUCGCAGGUAAAUCUCGGCACCGGGCUCGACUUCGGCCCGGAGGGCAAUCUGUUUGCGACGUUCACGCACAUUCAGCACGCACCGUACAGCUACCGCAUACGGGUGAACAAUCGUGCCGGGGACACUAGACGCGGCACGGUACGCAUAUUCUUCGGACCGAAAACAAACGAACGUGGCCAAACGUUGCCAUUCCGCGAGCAGCGCCGUUUGAUGGUGGAGUUGGACAAGUUUACCGUCACACUUAAUGCCGGUGCUAACACGAUCGUGCGACGAUCGGAUCAAUCGAGCGUAUCGAUCCCGUACGAGCGAACGUUCCGAAAUGUGGCUGCCUCAUCGCUGACACAGAAUGAAGCCUUCCAGUUCUGUAACUGUGGUUGGCCGAACCAUAUGCUUCUGCCGAAAGGUUCUCCCGACGGUAUUGAGUAUGACUUUUUCGUUAUGGUGUCCGAUUUUGCACAGGAUCGCGUUGAGGAUUUCGACGAGAAUGUUAACUGUAACGAUGCUCACUCAUUCUGUGGUCUGCGUGAUCGACGCUAUCCGGAUUCACGUAGCAUGGGCUAUCCGUUCGAUCGCUUCACGCCAGGAACGAUUGGCAGUUUGCUAGAUUUUACCAAACCUUACGUCAACAUGUUGGUCACUCCGGUGAAGAUACGGUUCACCAAUACGGUCAUAGCGCGUGCUUAAAGUUCUCCUGAAAUUAUUGACUAAACGCACUACACUUAUACUCUAUUUGCAAACGAUUUUACUCGAAAAUAAAAUAACUGAACUUUUUUCAUGCAAGUUAUGCAUAUUUUAUGUUACAGAAGAACGGAUAAACACAACGCAACGUGGAACACUUAGAACUUUAAUGCCUAAUAAACUAAUUGUAUCCUUCAGAAUGAUAUAAUUAUACAUUUUUAAAUUAUUGUUAACUUUCAAAAUAUUAUGUAAAAUUAAAAAUUCUCUAAAAUUGUAAACCAUUUUUGUGCAUAUGCGCAGGUAUUCCCCGAUAUACGCGAUUAAUGCGGCCAGGAGGCAAUCGCGUAUCUCGAAUACUCGAGUAUAUCGAAUUUCAAGGUUUUCAGUGAAAUUAUAGCGAAUUUUGUAUAAUUUCGAUUGUAGUCGUAAGUUUUAGCCACAAAAUAUAUUUGAUUAUACAUUUGAUAUAUGUUUGAUCUUAUUCUAACUGAA